AUGACCACCGCCCCGGCCACUGUGAAGGAAGUUGCCGAAAAUCCCAGUGCAAACGCAGUUACUCACCCAACCGACAGGGAUCUCAAGUCCAAAGAUGAGGAGCGAAAGAUGCGCUUCUACGGAAUCAUCCAGGCUUUUCGAUCGGGCAAAUAUCCAUCGAAUGCUCAAGUCGACGAAUCUUUGACUUACGCGAUCAAGAACUCGCCCAUUGAGGAAAGCAAAUUGAGUGCAGAUGGAAAGCAGCUCGUUCAGGAUUUCCGUGACAUUAUCGAAACUUUCAGGGUCAUUGUCAAGAAGAAAAACGCGGAUGAAUUGAUGCAAAAUUUCUUGUUCCACACCAAACAUGUAGAUACAGACUCUCAUAUCCAAAAGCUCAAAGGGGCCGCUGGAGUUGCACCAAGCAAGGAUGAGGCCAAAAACGACGGCCAAGCUGCUGCUCAACACCUCCGCACCCUGGCCAAGCUUAUUUAUACGUCUUCUGAAACGCGAAAGCUGUUGAAAGACAUUGGGGUUCUAGCACGCGAUGUGGUGGCAGAUGCGGCGGUCAAAGUAGCUGACACGACGCGGCCAACUGAAGACGCCCUCAAGAAAGUCGAUGAAGCUGCUCCUGCCAAUCAAUGGGUGGGACCUGAUGGCGAAAGACGUGCAGCUCAUGAGAAAGUCCCUUCGACAGGUUUACAUGAGAAGGCGGUCGAUCUCCAACAGAUGGCAGGAGAGGCGCAAGAUUAUCUCGCACAAGGACAGUCAGAACUUGUGGAUACCGCCAACACAGUCCAAUCACACGCUGGAGAUGCCGCCAACAAGGUCCAAUCAUCUGCCGAGGACAAGAAACAUCUUGAUGAUCGCCAGCAGGCUAAGGAGACUGCUGGAGAUGCUGGCCAAGUCGCGUCUGACAAAGCCAACGCUGCGGCCAGCAUGACUUCGGAAAAGAAAAAUCGCUUGAAGGAAGCUUAUGGAAACGCGAUUGCAAAAAUUCCUGAGGAGCACAAAGAGAAGGCUCGGCAGGCGCGAGACGACACGAAAGUUUAUAUUCAAGAUAAAUUCCCGAAAGAAAGGCGCGAAAGAUUCAUCUACCGACUGAAAAAAGUGAUUGUUGAACAGCAGCGUCACAGAGAUUACCAAGAAGCCAUUGACUUCUUCCUAGGUUUAGCCGAGUCCUACAAGGGUCACGCGCAAGGAAUCACUUCUCACGCUGCAAAUAAAAGCGGGGACGUCCUCAAUGAUCCCACAUUCAAAGAAGCUCAACACGAAAUGCGAACCCUUCUUGAGCGUUUUGCCAACGGAUCUUCGAUGAAACCAAUCUUUGAUGCUAUCAACGAGAUCUAUGUCGCUGCUCAGAACGAUCCCGAGUUGGAGCAUUGGUUCAAGACGCUUGACAAAUACGUGCGAAGGUGUUUGCAAGAGCCAGGCUACGUGAUGAAAGAGUCGUGCGAUCAAGCUGGAAGAGAAAUCAACGAAUCUGGCAAGAAAUUCUGGAAUCACAAGUACGCGAAGCAUCGCCAAACGUUAUUUGACGAAAUCGAAAGAUUUUUCACUAGUUAUGCUGAAGACGAGCUCAAUACUCGCUUUGGUCACAAUUGGAAGAAGCUGACAAAAGAUUUGUUCUUGAACUCCGAGGGGAACCUAAAAUUGAAGACUCAGCUUUGGGAAGAUAUUACCACUGUCAUCCUCCCAGGACUUCUCAAACACAUCGGCUACAUUCCUAUCCCACGUAUCGAGUACACCGACUCCCAGCUGGACUUGGUCAUUGAAAACCUCACCUUAGAGGGUCAAAAUCUCCUUCCUAACUCAGUCGAGCUCGAAAUGCGCAACUACUUCAAACUUUCUGCUUACGAGAAGAUACCCAAUUCGAACAGGCACUCGUUUUGGAUCAGUUUUAGUCAGGUGCAAGCAGACCUUCGUGAUGUCGCCUUUUAUGUUCACAAGAAGAGUGGGUUCCCAAAGAUUAAAGAUUCUGGGAUGGCAGAUGUGGUCAUUUCGGGUAACGGAGUCUCUGGAAAGGUCCACAUUGAAAGUUCGGAAGCAAAGGAUCGGGUUUUCGUGGUGAAAGAUGUCAAAAUUAAAGUUGACAAAUUGGCUUUCGGAAUCAGGGAGACCAAGCACAAUUUCCUUUACUCUACCCUUAAACCUCUUGCUCAAUCACUGGUCAAGAAACAGAUCUCCAAGGCCGUCGAAGAUGGAAUUCGUACCGGUCUUGCACAACUAGACGCUCAGUUUGUUGACAUUCGGGAGCGGCUCGAAGCUGCCGAGGGAGAUGACAAAGUUUCCAAAAUGGACGUAAUCAAACGAACAUUUACUACCAAGAAGGAUGAAUCUUCUAUUGUCACCAGUGACGAUAAAUCCAAGAAAGGAACGUUUAAGAUCGUUGCCCAACGAGAAAGUAAAAUAAUCGACUGGGCUUCUAAAAACUCGAUGGUCGAAAAGCAAGCAUUACAGCAGGAAUCUGCAGCAAGCUCGACGGCCAGUUGGAAAAGUGACGCUUUCACGAUCGUUCGUGCCAAUUGA